AUGUCUCUACCUUCGACCUGGCGACAGUUCCAGCUAUUUGACUUUCUUCCUAUUCGAGAUCCCAAAUUCAAGUCGGAUGACCCGCUUUUCUCCGACCCAACGCUCUCGGCUAUAACGUCAACCCAAUCUUAUGUUGUAUUUGCUGUACAGAAUGCUUACAUCAAGAUUCUCUCCAAGGACAAUUUGACAUUGGUCAAACAGUUUUGUGCAUAUGACUUAGACUACCGCAUCAGCUACAUGCGGCCAUUGAUGCACUCGAAUAUCUUGGUGACAUUGGCUGAGAAACAAGGCUCUCCGGCACUUAUCAAGGUUUUGGACCUCACCAAGAUCAUGCAAUUGGACGACUCGGCUAUCCAGUCUGACGACACUAUGAAGCACAAGUACGUGACCCAAGUGUCUGUUCACAAUGGCGACAACUCCUUCCCCAUCAGCUGCUUUGCCUUCAAUGAAUUCCUCACUUGUAUAGCUAUCGGCUUCACAAAUGGAAAGGUUAUUUUGGUUCGAGGGGACAUGCUCAAGGAUAGAGGGUCCAAACAGCGAGUAGUUUACGAGAGUACUGAUCCUAUCACGGGUAUUCAGUUCAAUCGCAUGGAGGAAGUGUUGUAUCUCACCACUACCUCCAAGAUCAUGACAUUAUUGACCACGGGCCGCAACCAGGGUAAGCCUUUAAGAAUACUUUCCAACACGCGUGGUGCUGAUUUGGACUGCUCAGAUUUGGAGGUUAAGACCUCGCGGUUGAUUGUAGCUAAUCAAGAUGGCUUGAAUUUUUAUAACCAUGUCAGCAAGGCACAGGUUGUUAAUUUUAAUGUGGCGAAGCGCAAAAUUCUUCGGGUUUUCAAAGAUUAUCUUCUUGUUGUGUGUCCACUUGAAGAUUCCAAUUCGGGGAGUUCCUCGUUGACAAGGUUGCUAGUGCUCGAUUUGCAUAACAUGCACAUUUCCUUCAGUUUGACCAUUUCCAAUCUGACCAUUUCGCAUGUUUUUGCCUCAUAUUCCGAUAAUACCAUUUUCUUGCUCUCCACAGACGGUAUUCUAUACAAACUACAUGAAAAACCAAUCAACCAACAAGUUGAAAUCAUCUUGCAAAGAGAUCUUUUCUCAAUUGCCAUGAGUCUAGCAACUCAAUACCAUCUUGAUAAUGGGACUUUGUGGAGGAUCAACAGAUUGCAUGGCGACUACCUCUAUGAAAAGCUGGACUUUGAUGGAGCAAUUUCGAAAUACAUCGACUGUUUGCUGCUAUUAAGUGGUAAAACAAAGAAUCCUAAUUUAAAACCAGAAGACCUCGAUGAUUUUGUCAUAAAUGUCAUCACUUCCUUCAAAGAUAUUUCCAAGAUCAAUAAUAUCACCAAAUUUCUUGCGAAGUUAUAUGAAUUGAACAAUGCAGAUAGUGAUCAAGUUACCUUACUAUUGUGUUGCUACUGCAAAUUGAGAAUGACAACUGAAUUGGACACCUUUGUUGACGAACUUGAUCUCGAGAGAGAUGGCACUGCUAAUUCUUCCUCGAAACUUGAUCUUUCACUGCUUAAUUUCGAUCUAAUCAUCAAUUUGUUCAAGGAAAGUGGGUUCUACGCUCAAGUCAUUAAAUUGUUGGUCAAACUUAACCGUCCAAAUCUGAUAGUUGAGCUUCAACUCAACGAGUUGCACCAACAUCAACAGUGUCUUGAUUACAUCAAAUCGCUUCCCAUAGACGAGUUACUUCGUAUUCUCAUUGACUACCUGAAGGAUCUCCUCAAGUGUAUGCCAGUGGAAACCACGGAGCUUCUUAUUAAUGUCUUUACAGGAAAAUAUAAACCAGAUACCACAUUUUCUUUGAUCGAUACCGAAGACAUCUCAAAGAAGGAUCUGGAUCUGGAUCUCCCACAGGUUGAGAAAGUCCACAUGUCGUCAUACACUGCAUUUAUGAGUUACCUUUCUGGCCGUCUAGGCCACGAAGAGGAACAAGACACAAGUGAAACAAUCGAGGAGCCAACGUAUCUACCUCCUCGACCCAGCUUAGUAUUUCCAUGUUUUCUCUACCAUCCUGGUGAAUUUGUCAUCUUUCUAGAAGCUUGCAUUGAAACGUUCGAUAAGUACCAGGGCAACAUCAACGACAAGAAGGUGUUGUUGAUGACUUUGUUUGAAUUGUAUCUUACUCAGUCUGCCGAGCACCCUGAGGAGAAAAGUGAUUGGCUUUCAAAGGCAGGAGACUUGCUCCGUAAGCAUCCAGACCUCUUAAACAAGUCUAAAGUUUUACUCAUUUCUCACAUUUACAAGUUUAAAGAAGGGGAAAUAUUCGCCACUGACAACUUAGGCAAUUUUAACGAGGGAAUGUUCAGGGCAGCUCAGGUUGCUGGCGAUGUCCAAGGUGCGUUGCUGAUAACAAAACGCCACGGAGAUCAGAAGCCACUUUUGUUCAAGCUCAUGCUCAAGUUUCUUGUGUCUUCAGAAGUUGUUUAUAAACAGGCUACACCCAAGAUCUUCCGUUUCCUCUUGGACAAAAUCAAAGAGAACAAGGUUUGCUCACCUUUGGAAAUUAUCAAAAUCUUGAGCUCAAACGACUUCGCUACCGUCGGUAUUCUUAAAGACUACUUGAUAGACUUUGUGGGGGAAACCAAUAAAGAUAUUUCGAACAACAAGAAAUUGCUCCAGUCUUACGAAAACGAAUCCACAAAGAACACACUCAUGCUAACUGAGCUCACACAUAAUGCAUUCGUGAUGCGAAACAACAAGUGUUCCAAUUGCGAGAUGCGUCUUGAGUUCCCGUUGAUCCACUUCAAGUGCAAGCAUUCUUACCAUCAAAGAUGUUUGAACGAAAACACAUACAUUCCUGGAGUCGCUGAUUCGAAGCCGAAAUGUCCUCUUUGUAUUAACGAAUUGCAAGCACUGGAGAAUCUCCGGGAGUCCCAGAUCCGCACCAGUUAUGACUAUGACGUGUUUAAAAUGAACUUAGAUGAGUCUCAGGACCGUUUCAAGGUAAUCAGCGAUUAUCUUGGGAAAGGUGUGAUGGAGGAUGCUUAG